AAAGCUUCCGCCCCUCACCCACCCAUAUGUAAGCGUGACACUUGCUCAUUGACGACCUGAGCGAACUAGUGAACUGCAUUAGUUUGGAAAAUGUUAAUUUUAUCAAAUAGGGUAAAGUUAUGUUCGCUGGUGUUUACCGCCGCGCGCAUGUGCAGCAGCGGCCCUGCAGCCGCCAACAAGAACCCGUCGGUGUACUUUGACAUUGCUGCAGACAACCAGCCUGUCGGGAGGAUAACCUUUGAGCUCAACGCUGAAGUUGUGCCAAAGACCGCAGAGAACUUCAGGGCGCUGUGCACAGGGGAGCACGGCUUCGGUUACAAGGGGUCUACUUUCCACAGGGUGAUCCCGCAGUUCAUGUGCCAGGGUGGGGAUUUCACUAACCACAAUGGAACUGGAGGCAAGUCUAUCUAUGGAUGGAAGUUCCCUGAUGAGAACUUCAAGCUGAAGCACACUGGACCCGGCAUCUUGUCUAUGGCCAACGCUGGACCCAACACCAACGGAUCCCAAUUCUUCAUCUGCACCAGUAAAACAGAAUGGCUGGAUGGCAAGCAUGUUGUCUUUGGCAGCGUGACGGAGGGACUGGACGUGAUCAAGAAGGUGGAGUCUUUCGGUUCUCAAUCUGGGCGAACCUCCAAGAGGAUCACUAUCACAGACUGCGGAGAGCUUGAUUAGACUCUGAGCAGUGGACACGGUCGAAGUCUCAUCUCCUGCUGUAAUGUCAGUGUGAGGGAAAGAGGGUCUUUCCUCAGUCAUGGUACAGAGUGCUGCCUCUCUUUCCUGGCAGUAGAUACUGACGCUUCAUUUCUGUGUUAGUCUUUCUUCAGGGAGCACAGCUAACACACUUAACUGUGACAUGGUAUAAAAUGUGAACUUGUGUUUUUGAAUACAAAAUUACGACCUCUAUUGUAUUUGAGGAGAUAUUAAUACAUGAACAUGCAGUGAAACGGGUUUGGAAAAGAGGCAUUAGUCUGUGAAAAAUAAAGUCAUUUUUUCUAAAUAAAGCUUGUUCUUGCCAUCUGUUUUUAUACUACAUGACCGUAGAUGUCAAAGUGUUACAUAAUGCUUUACCGAAGCUGUUUGAGUCAAAGGUGUGUCCGUUUAUAGGGAGGAGGCGAAUGUUUUAUCACUAGCGGAGGAAUGACAUCAGUGUCCGCCUUCUGUUUUCCUCAUCAGCCUAUGUUGACUGAUGAUCUUAUUCCGCGAAGUAUUGAUUGUGCGGACAUCUUUCCAGAAUAGUUGAGGUUUAAAACGUCAGAUCUAAUUGCUUUUGCAAAGGGAAAUGUUUUUUUGGGCGG